UGGGCUGCAACUUUUAAGCUCAUGUCAGAUUAGGGUUUACGCUUAUAAAUAUCAGUCAUCUCAUUUUUGUAGCGUCUCUUCUUUUCUUCUUGAACAGAGCUCAUCUCGGCAGGAGGAAGAGGACAGCUGCGUAGAAGAUGGCAAGAGGCUUGAAGAAACACUUGAAGAGGCUUAAUGCCCCAAAACAUUGGAUGCUUGACAAGCUUAGCGGUGCAUUUGCCCCAAAGCCAUCAUCUGGACCUCACAAGUCAAGGGAAUGUUUGCCUUUGAUCCUUAUUUUGCGGAAUAGGCUGAAGUAUGCCCUCACAUAUCGUGAAGUUAUUUCUAUUCUGAUGCAGCGGCAUGUUCUUGUUGAUGGGAAAGUUAGGACAGAUAAAACAUACCCUGUUGGUUUCAUGGAUGUUGUGUCGAUACCAAAGACAAAUGAGAACUUCCGUCUCCUUUAUGACACUAAGGGCCGUUUCCGUCUCCACUCCAUUAGAGAUGAUGAGGCAAAGUUUAAGUUGUGCAAAGUCCGAUCUGUUCAGUUUGGACAGAAGGGGAUCCCAUACCUGAACACCUAUGAUGGACGCACUAUUCGCUACCCAGAUCCACUUAUCAAGGCUAAUGAUACCAUCAAGUUAGACCUAGAAAGCAACAAGAUCACUGAGUUCAUAAAGUUUGAUGUGGGAAAUGUUGUCAUGGUCACAGGAGGCAGAAACAGGGGGCGAGUUGGAAUCAUCAAGAACAGAGAGAAGCAUAAGGGAAGUUUUGAAACUAUCCACAUUCAAGACGCUACUGGUCAUGAGUUUGCUACUCGCCUGGGCAAUGUGUUUACAAUUGGAAAAGGGACUAAACCAUGGGUGUCUCUCCCCAAGGGCAAGGGUAUCAAAUUGUCAAUCAUUGAAGAGUCCCGGAAGAGGCUUGCUGCAGCUCAAACUGUUGCAUAGAAAUUUUUGGAAAUUUGUCUGCGUUGCUGAAGCUUACUGGUGUUGGCUUUUAUUGUGUCAGUCGUUGUUUUGUUUAGCUAAAACAGUAUUAGAGCUUUAUUUUUAUCAUCUAUGGGCAUAAAUUUGAACUAUAUUUGUUUUUGAAUGUCAGUUUGGCUUUUUACUGGUGAAA